CAACCUCAGACGACCUCCAUCUAUAAAUACCACCUCUGCUUAAUUAUAUACCAUGUAAACCAGUUCAGUCUCCUCCAUUGAGACCGAUUGGAUUUCAUCUUCCUACUUCUUUUCUCUAAUAAUUUUCUCACACUUAGCCGAACAUGGGUGUCACCACCUUUACUCAGGAGUUUGCAAGUCCGGUAGCUCCGGCAAGGAUGUUCAAGGCUUUGAUUCUUGAUUCUCGGAACCUCAUCCCCAAGCUCAUGCCUCAAGCCAUAAAAAGCGUGGACUUGAUCCAAGGAGAUGGAGAGGUUGGAAGCAUCGAACAGGUUAACUUCACUGAAGCUAUCCCCUUCAAAUAUGUGAAGAACCGAGUGAAUGAGCUGGACAAAGAGAACUUUGUGUGCAAGUACAGCUUGAUUGAAGGUGAUCCAUUGAAGGACAAGCUUGAUCACAUUGAUUAUGAGGUUAAGUUCAUGUCCUCCAGCGACGGAGGAUGCAUGUGUAAGAUGAUAAGCCAGUACCAUACUAAAGGUGAUGUAGAGAUCAAAGAAGAGGAAAUCAAGGAGGGCAAGGACCAAGCUAAGGGAAUGUACAAGCUUGUGGAGAACUAUCUAUUGGCAAACCCUGAUGUCUAUGCUUAGAAUCUCUUUCUUAGACUCAUAAUCCAUACACUUUUCAACUUUUCUGGAGUCAUUUUCUUAAGCUCUCUAUCUUCUGCAACCAGUGAAGAUGCUUGUUUUGUUGUUCUCUUUUAAUUCUUUUUCCCAUUCUUAAUCCCAUAUUGUUCCACAGCUCAUCAGUAAUAACAAUCCCUCACUGUGAUGUAUCUUUUAUGUGGGGAUUUUCCCUAUUUCUUACGCUAUUUGUAUUUGAUUGCAAUAUUGAUUUGUUGAUACUAGUAAAAUCAUGUGAGUUUUUUUUUUUC